UUCCCCAGACAAGGCAGCUGUCUACAGAAGCCUCCGCAUCCACAGUUAUCAAGUGCCCAGGAUGAAGUCCAUCCAGUUCUGCUUCCUUUUCUGUUGCUGGAGAGCAAUCUGCUGCAGAAGCUGCGAGCUGACCAACAUCACCAUCACGGUGGAGAAAGAGGAAUGCAGCUUCUGCAUAAGCAUCAACACCACGUGGUGUGCGGGCUACUGCUACACCCGGGACUUGGUGUACAGGGACCCAGCGAGGCCCAACAUCCAGAAGACAUGUGCCUUCAAGGAGCUGGUCUACGAGACGGUGAGAGUGCCCGGCUGCGCUCACCGCGCAGACUCCCUGCACACGUACCCGGUGGCCACCGCGUGUCACUGCGGCAAGUGUGACAGCGGCAGCACCGACUGCACCGUGCGGGGCCUGGGGCCCAGCUACUGCUCCUUCAGCGACGUCAGAGAGUAAGGGGCGGCGGCGCUCUGAGCUGCCCACCCUCACAGGCCCAGGCAUCCAAGAUGUCUGCGUGCACACGGGCCCGGGCUGCAAACCACCGCGGGAGACCCUGCUCAUCUCUGCUCUCCCGAGAGGGGGCGCUCCAGGACUGGAGACGACUGGGGCCUGUCGCCACUCAGACCUGUAUUCUACAUCUGGUUCCAAGAGUCUUAUUCACGCUCACUUAACUUACAGACAUGAGGGUGCUUUCCCGUUUAAUAGUCUUAGAAAUCCUCUCAGGCAAUCCCUUCCUCUUAAAGAUAGGGAUACGGUCCCAGAGGAAGGAAAUCAGCUAAAAGUAGGUGAAAGUCCUAAAUGCAGCAUUCUCCUGCCAGACUCAAGAGCCCUCAAGAGCAGGGCCAACCUCUUCUUCAUGAUUGUAGCCUCAAUGCCUAGCACUCCACAUAGAAUUUAGUAAGAAACUCAAUAAUGGCUUCCUUAAAGAAAGUAAGAUCAUAAAGUUAGGGAUAGGAGAACACUGAGAGAAGAUGUUAGAGGCUAUCUGAUGAGGCUGCGCUCCACGGAAGGAGGGGCGUCAGCUUCAGCUCUGUCUCACCUCUCCUCUGGCACAUGCAGGAUGGAGGCAGGAUAAAACUCUCUGAAUCAUUCAGGCAGGUGGCAGUUACCAAGCUCAGGAUUCCCAAGCUAUUACUGCCAAGUCCUCUAGUUAAGGGCAAAAGCAAGAAAUGUUAAUAUGUGCUUGUGGAAAUUAGCCGCAUCUAUUCCAUCAUUUAAAUAAAUGGAACAAAUGCUGUCAGGCUCCUGCAAAAUUCCCUUCGGGAAGUACACAGAACUAUAUCACCCUGCCCUUGAAUGUAGGAUCUACUCCUUUGGAAAGAGGUGGAUUUGAGAGCAGGUUUGAAAGCAAUUUUGACAACUUAAUGAGUACCUUUGUCUUAUCUUCAAAUACAUAUAUGUAAAGAAAAUGCUCUUUUAGAAAGAAUUAGCCAUAACAAAAAAACUCACUGCUGUUUCCUAAAGUCCUGAGUCAGUACUCUUUUUUGUCUAUCCAUGUUCUCCCAGAUUUGUUUCUUUCAAGAGGAUGAAUAUUGAGACUAUUUCACGAGUUGAUUUCGAGAUGUUACCUCUCAGUUAUGUACUUGUUUCAUACUCAUAUUAACUAAUUUAUUUAAAUCUUAUUUUUUUAAAUAAAGAUGCUAGCCACCAGAGUCAUAGGUUUGGAUUUUUUUUCACAUGUAACCAGAUGACUAAAAUGUCUGUAUGUUUACGACGUUAAUAAAAUAAAUCUUAC